UUGUCCUUCACGGCGCUCGCUCUUUGUCAUUAAUUUUUUCUAGAAGCCCUUAUAUGAUCCACUACAGACCGUCAUUGAAAUUAUUUUCACAGUUUAUCUUUUGUCUGAAGCAACCUUGAUAUUAUCUCCAGCUUUCAUCUCUUCGUAUCGCCUAUUCGUGUGCUGACGAUGGCUCCCCGAGGGCCCGCAAAAACCCGCGAUUAUGAUUAUUCUAACGUGGGCACUGCGGGAAGGCGAACAGGGAUUACGCUGAAGGAGGGCAAGCGCGACGAGCAUGGGAUGGAAGAAAUCGAGGGGAUGUUUUCAUCCCCAGAGAGAUCCCCAGUCAAAUACAAUGGAUUAUAUAACGAGAACGAAACAGCCGGCUCCGAGGGCAUGUCAAUGGAUGAGGGAAGUGCACCUGGCCCUGCCGAUUUCUUAAAGGGUAGGCGCGCGUCGUAUUUCCCACCACCGGUUGCGCGCUCGCCUGUGAAGACCGGCUUGUCAGGAUCGCCACGGAGGACCCCUCGUUUGCGGUCAUCGAGUCCACGACGUGAUAUUCCCUCUUCUGGUACAUCCGAGGACCAAUCACGCGAAGUUCGUAAUGGAAGCCGCCGACAAGAUUCCUCGCCUCUCUCUAACCGUCACGUAAACGCGUCAAGUUAUACGAACGGCUUGCGGAGUAAGGGCAAGAGCGAUAGCAAGGCCUUCAGGCCAGAUACUACAGUCGAUUUUUCGGACAGCGAUGAAGAUGGCCAGUUAAAUGGUGAUGAGAACAUGAGCGCAUUUGACCAGACACAAGAUGACUUGGCUGAUGGGUUUGGCGCUGCCAAUAGUCCUGUGGUGGAUGGCCAGGAUGUACUCGACCAUGUGGAGUCCGCAUAUAACAACUCUGAUGAAAAUUCACCAUCGGUUCUAGCCUCCGACUCUCGCAGAUCAAGAAGAGGCCGGCCCGCCUCUAAGACGAAGAACUAUAGUCCAGCCAGAGCGAACGGUGGUCAAGGAGUUACGCAACACAACACAGCUACCGGAGAAUCUCAGCCAAAACGUAAACGCCCUGGACGGCCUCCAAAAUCCCAAAACAAGACCAAUAAUGACGGUGCGGUGGAUCGAAGACCAUCGAAGAGGGCAAAGACGUCUGACGAAAAGCGCGCUUCUACGUUGAAUCCCGAGUUGGAUAAAGUUGUCGAGAAUUAUGCAAAUAGCCACACCGGGCCCUUAAAGGGACGCAGCCUAUAUAUUCUCAAGCGCGAGUCACCUUCAGAUAGCAAUGCCACUCACACUCGGUCGGGCCGAGUGUCCGUACGGCCUGUUGCCUUUUGGCGAAACGAACGGUGUGUGUACGGCAGUGAAGAGGCAGCCGAGGGUCAGCGAUUUCCAGUCUUGACAAUCAAAGAAGUCAUCCGGACCGAGGAGCUACCGCCAGAGAAGAGGAAUACGAAGAAGCGUAAUUCCUCAAAGAAAACGAAGCCAAGAAAGAGAAAAGAGGAUGAAUCAGAAGAUGAGGAUGAUUACCUCGAUCCGUGGGAGAAGGAAGGGGGUGUCCUUCACGGCUAUGUCAGGAAGUGGGAUUCUGAAACCCAAACUGGCAUCGAUGAAGAAGAAAUUCUCGAUAUCGCAUACGCACCUUCUGGAAUUGAGACGAGGGACACGAAGGACUCUUCUUUUCGUUUUGCAAAGCUACUUAGUUCUCCUUUCUUGGGAUCUGGGAUUGUGGAACUCCCUCCUGGCGGUGUCAAGAAACCCAAGAAUUCAAAAAGGAUGCACAUGCUCUUCUACGUUUGUCGAGGCCGAAUCCAAGUUGAUGUGUCUGGUGUUCAGUUCAGUGCUGGAAAGGGAUGCGUAUUUCAAGUCCCGAGAGGCAACUACUACAGCUUCGCAAACGCGCACCAAAAAGUCGCCCGAUUGUUCUUCACGCAGGGUUGCGUUCCUGUAGAAAACGACGGCCCUAACUCGGAUUCGAAGCCUGUUGCCACCGAGGAUGAAUCCGCAACUGAUGCCCAACCAAACGGCGUAGGGAAGGGCCGGCCAAAAGGGAAGCAGAAAGCUGGAAACGCACAUAAAGCGUAGCCAGAUGACAUGCCCUUUUCGGUUUCCUCCCCCUCUUGAAAUCCUCGAUAUGUUCUGAUCCCUAGGUAUCACUUGGCUAUUUAUGCUCUCCUCUUCUUCAAACGUGAUGUUAGCACUUGCCUCUUUGUACGUUUCUCUCUAGAGAAGCUCAUGUUAGCGAUUCAGACGUAUGUUUAGAUUAUUGCAUUUCCACCCUUUUUCUCAUGGGGAUGCUUGGCAUUAGGUAGUCAAUAUUUGUUGGGGUUUCUUCUGGCUGAAUCUACUAAGGUAUCUUGAAUGGAAUUAUCUUCACGAAUAUUAUGGCAGCCUCUUAAUGCUGAGGACAUUCUCCCCGGGUAUGUCCAGAUCACAUUUCUUCCAUGUUCCCAUCUUCCAGGUUGUCAUCUAGUUCCAACGGGGGGAAGUCGCCCACUUCAACUUUUUCCGGCUUCACGAAGAUGCCACUAUUGUUAGGGCAGGCGAAAUAGCGCCUGCCGCCAAUUGUCCCGUCGUUUUUGCCCAUUGGUUCAUCAAGUUCAAUUCCGACCCAGAUUGGCAGGGGACCAGUGUCGGAAUUUGCUUCAUCCUCUGCGGCUGUUUUCUUAAUCCCUGGGAACGGAAUUGUCGGUGCUGGACCAACAAAGCGGACAGUACCACGUCGAACAUGAGGCGGAGAUGAAGGCAGGAUAAUAGCACGUUUUGAAACGGCGAUAUCUGAUAGUUUGCAAUACCACAGUCGUUAAUGGAUAUUCUCUCCGUCAAAAAGGGACCAGUUAGACCCAGAUUCCCAAUAAAAUACUAACCUCUUUUCUU